AUGAUGGCCGCGAUGAACGCUAGUGCUGCCGGUGUGGAGGCAGAAAUGGCCGUGCAAGAAUGUUUAGAAAAGUUUGCCGGAAAUUUUCAAGGAGGAAAGGAUCGGACGAUUGGGCGACCGGAGUCCUUGGUGACUGGACGUGCGAGUGCCAUUGGAGGGUUGGUCUACGCGUUCCCAUCAAAUGUGGCCAACGGCACGACACGAAGCAGCGCUUCCCGGUUUGGCCAUGGGGGUGCACGUCGCGGGGCUGCGUAUUCAGAGUUGCUGCAGAAAGGUGGAGAGACAGCCACGACACCCACGCUAGUUGUUGAGGAUGAGAGCGAGGAGCCUGAGGAGCGUCAUCAUGUGGUCAUUGACAUUGACCCGGAUGCACCCGUGGCUGUUGGUGAUGUCCCCUCGGCCGUCGAGCACGAGGAUGUCGAUGGGCAUGGCGCGCCUCCAGCAUGCGCCCCUAGGACCACCCCAGAGAAUGAUGAGGAUCAAGCUCAUGCAGGGGACGCGCCAGGGUACAAGAUUCACAUGAGACCUCACCCGGACGGUGGCCAGCCCAACCGUCCCUUUCUGGCGACGAGGUCGACCUGCGACGCAGUCCCCUCGGGCAAACAGGCGGGCGCAGCUUGGGAGGAGAACGAUUCGCCAGAGCAACCUCGUCGGUGGGUGGAAAGGCAACCACGCAGUCCGAAGAGGAGUGGAGACUCGUUGCAAGAUGAGGAGGGGGAGGGUUCGGACAGGGUGUUAGAGGAGGUCUCGGUGGCGCAAAUAUUUAGCAUACACUUUCAUCAUGUGAUGGCACGGUGUGCCGCUCGUUUCAGAGCGAACCGUCCCAUGACACCUGAGGAGGUUGCCGAGGAGAUUGGAGUUGCAGCUGAUCAUUGGGCGGGUGAUCAUUCGCGCUGCAGUCGGGGAUAUGAGAGAUCAAGAUGUGUGACGGAUAAGUGGGGCAAAGAGAGCGCAUUAUACGAGUAUGGUUCACGAAUGCAUCUUGCUUUCAGGCAGUGGCUUAGCGAAAGCGCAAAGGAGAUGCGACCAUAUGUGCAUGGGGCUUGCAACUGGAUGAAUGAAUCUUUCCAUUCUCUGAUAUGCAAGUAUGCUCCAAAGCGCAUACUGUUUUGUGGAAGCAUGAGAGCCCGAGCUGGGCUAACUGUGCUGCAUUGGAACCAGGGUUUGGAAAGGGAAGUGCGAGCAACCAAAAUCAGGAUACGCCGUGCUACUCGGGUCUGGCGAGGCAAACGCUCCAGGAUCUUAGGCCCGAUGGAUUGGAGCUGGGUCGAUGACAUCAUGAGGGAUUGGGAUUGUAUGUCGUCUGAUGUUGCAGAGGAGGGGGGACCUAGGGAUACUGCCGUCACUGCUCCAUCCACGCCGGAACCGCCCACCAAGAGACAGCGUAACACCAAUGAAGGAACCACUGCAUAUCGACGUACCCUGUUUGGAGACGUCUCAAGCGUCCGAUAG